UAUUUACCAAGUUUUUGCAAUUAAGAACGCUGAGGUUGAAUUUGAGCAUUGAUUUGACUGUUCAAGUAUUGCCUAAAUCUAUUGGCAAGUUGAAACAUUUAAGAUAUUUGGAAAUAUGUCAAAUUGGACUUCGUUUCCUUCCGAACUCUAUGAAUGAAUUGUAUAAUUUGGAAACACUUAUUCUUGAUGGGUGUAUAUUAUUAGAAAAGUUGCCGAGAGAUGCAAAAAAUUGGAGGAAGCUUAGGUAUCUAAGCCUUGCUAGUUUGAAUAUAGAAUUCCUUCCAAAUUCGAUAGAUGAAUGGAAUAAUUUGGAAACACUCGUCCUCAAAAAAAUGUUUAAUGUUAAAAGAAUUGCCAAAAGAUAUUAAAAAAUGUGUCAAGCUUAAGCAUCUUGAUUUAAGUGGUUGCAAAUCUUUGACUCAUUCACCCAAAGGACUAGGUGAGCUUACUGGUCUGAUGUUGGGUGUGAUUUAAGUGAGUUGAAUAGACUGAGCAAGUUGAGGGGAUCAUUAACCAUUAAAGGUUUGGAAUUUUGUACAAUUGAUGAUCUAGAAAAGCAUCAUUUUAACUUGCAACAGAAGUCGGAUAUUCGAAAGUUGAAGUUUGUUUGGAAUUAUUCCAAAGAUGAGACUAUGAAUAUUUUCGUAAAUAAUGACUACAAAGGAGUGUUAGAAUGUUUACAACCACAUUUAAACGUUCAAAAGGUACAUAUAUGUGGAUAUCAAGAAGUCAAGCUAUGUGAUUGGUUAUCCUCUAAUGUCCUUGUUUACUUGAUCGACAUAAAGCUUUCAGAUUGCGUCAAAUUAGAAUCUCUCCCACGAUUCGAUCAAUUUCCACUUCUCAAGCGUUUGGGCCUUCAAUUAUUACCUUGCAUUGAGUACAUUGACAACAAUAAUUAUCCUUAUUCGUCCACGUUUCUACCAUCCCUUGAAAAAUUAAGCAUUGUAAACAUGCCCAAUUUAAAAGGUUGGUGGAAAGGUGAAAUUUCAGCAGAAUCUUCUCCAAAUAGUGCCUCCUUUCAUACAAAAGUGCCUUGCCUUUGUCAACUUACAAUCGAUAAUUGUCCUAAAUUGGCUUCAAUUCCUUGGCAUGCACCUCUAAAGAAACUCCAAAUAAGUAUGGUUAGUCUACAACUACUUGAUACAGUAAUUGAAAUGACGGUAAGUCAUUGUGUUGAAGAGUCUUCUUCUACUCAGUCUAAAGUAUCUUCUUUUGAACUUAGUAGAAUGGAUGAUCUUGAGUUUAUGCCAAAAGAGUUAUUCUAUUAUUUCAAAAAUCUUGAGCAACUUACGCCGAGAGAUUUCAAAAGCUUACAAAUGUCUUCUUCUCUCGUACAACAUCGUACUCAUGAAUUACUAUGGAAAGAGUUUCAAAGUCUUCGCUUUUUACAUCUUUAUAAUAUACCCAAGUUGGAGUAUUUGCCCAAUGGGAUACAACAUGUGACAACUCUUCAAACCAUUCGGAUAGAAUGGUGUCUAAAUUUAAAAACUCUACCCGAAUGGAUGGGCAGCCUUACUUCACUCUCAGAACUAUCGAUUAUCUUAUGUCCAAUGCUCACUUCAUUGCCAGAAGGGAUUCACCACCUCCCCUCUUUAAAAUCAUUGAAAAUUUGGAACUGCUCUAAAUUGGGAAAGAGGUACGAGGAAGGAAGAGGAGAAGAUUGGCAAAAAAUUUCUCAUAUUCCUCGUGUAAACAUUUUAUAUCUUUGGCAUUGAAGAGAAGAAAAACUUAUUCAUCCAUCAACCAUAGGCAUUAUCAGCACAUCUUACUGCAUUCUCUCGAACCUCAUAUGCAAGACAUCAAGAAUUAUAUUGGGGGAGGAUUACAAUUAUAUUGCUCUAAAAUUAUUCGUCCUUCAAAAUCCGCACUUAAAUUGAGAAUAAUCUUCAUGCAACAAAAGAAAAUGAGAAUAUCAGUUUGAUGUGUUGCUUCCAAUCAUUCAGGUACGAAUCCUUUUGCUGUUAGUGCCCCCAUUCAAAGUUGUUGAUUAUUAUUAUUUGUGCUCAUUGAUUUGUAAUUUUAAUUCAUCGUUGUUCAAUCAAUUGGGUAAUGUCGUGUUGGUUUCUUUGGUAGCAUUACCAAAUUGAUUCUAUAUAUGGUAGAUGUCUAUCAUGAAAUACUUUUAUAAAUUCAUAUGAUUGAUAAUUCUUAGUUAAUACGAGAGAUCUAUAUAACUUAUAGGUCUUAAUCACUAAUAAUUUCAUUAUUGAUAAGCAUCAGUCAAGGAUAUGUUUAUUGUUGGUACGCUUAUGACAUUGAGAUAUGUUUGAUUGAUUAUUUAUAUAUUUUACUUUUCACCUGCUUCAA